AUGGGCACCAACGUUUGCUACGACGAGGAGAGGAUGAGCCUGUUAGAAUUCAAGGCAUAUACCAAAUCAACUUGCCCACACGAUGCAGACCACUUUCUCCCUUCCUGGGUUGAGGAUGAUCCCGGGAGCGACUGUUGCCUGUGGGAGGAAGUCACAUGCGCCAGCCACAAUGGUCACGUAAUUGAGCUCUUACGUGGCCAUUUUGUUGCUGCAUCAGGAAACGGAGGCUAUUUCCCAUCUCUGCUUAACAUAUCUAAGUUCCAGCCGCUUAAGGAGCUGAAGGUUCUUGAUUUAUCUUGGAAUGGGAUUAUGGGCUGGAUUAAUGACAAUGAAGGAUGUAGUAGCUUUUUGCUACUGGAACAACUGGAGACCUUAAAUCUAUCUUAUAACUUGUUGCGGAAUAGGAGUUCCCUAUGGUUCUUGACCCACCUCACGUCUCUUAAGCAUCUUAAUUUUGGUGAAAAUAUGAUGGGAGGAUCCUUUCCUGUCCAAGAGUUAUCAGUUUUUGAAAACUUGGAGACGUUCGACUUAAGCAACAAUGAGUUUGAAGGCUUUCUAACAAUGCAGGAUCUACAAAAUAUUUCUAGGCUGAGUAAGUUGGAAUACCUCAAUCUGGAUUCGAGUUCAUUGAACAUAGAGUUUAUGAGGUUGUUGGUCUCGCUACUUCCAUCACUUAAGUCUCUGAUUCUUUCUAACAAUGCAAUGGAAGGAUCCCUUUCUGAUCAAGAUUUGAGGACUGAAGAUAUUGCAUUUGAAAUGGAAUCAUAUUGUUGGGAAUAUUCCUUCAAAUGUGAGGGAACUGAGUUCGCUCAAGUUCAUUCACAGCUUGCAAAUCACUCCAAGCUUGAGAUGAUCGCACUCACUUGUGAUGGCAACAAAUUAAAGAUCAUAGAUGUUGAAUAUUCAAAUCAGAACCCAUUGCUGUUUCAGUUAAAGUCACUGAAACUCUCCAACUGUAAUCUGAAUAAUAUUCCUCAUUUUCUCCAUCACCAAUAUCGACUAAGAGCAGUUGAUCUCUCUCACAAGAAGUUGAAUGAGUUCCCUGCUUGGUUACUUGAGAACAACACUGGGUUAGAAUUUUUUAAUCUAAGGAAUAACUCUUUUGCGGGUCAGUUUUGUUUGCCAACAAAUUCUACAAGCAAUAUGGAUUGGGUUGAUGUCUCAAGAAAUGACUUAAGUGGGCAACUUCAACAAGAUUUUAGAAGGAUACUCUCAAAUUCAAGAUGCAUUAAUCUGUCCAAUAGCUAUCUCCAAGGUGAUCUUCCAUCCUCAAUCUGUCCCACUAGAAAUCAGUUGGAGGUGUUGGAUUUGUCUUCCAAUAAUUUCUCAGGAGAAGUACCUAGGGGGUUAGUAACAUGUUACACUAACUUGAUAGGCCUACUGUUAUCACAUAAUAAGUUUCUUGGUAAAAUAUUUUCUUCCCGUUGCUUUAACUUGAGUCGUUUAUCGUACCUAGACUUGAGUAACAACCAUUUCACAGGAAGUCUUGCCAACAAUGCGAGACUUUCCACCAUGAUAGAUUUUUUGGAUGUUAGCAACAAUUUUAUGACAAGUGAACUUCCUAGUUGGAUUUGUGAUCUGUCGUAUGUAGCGGUGCUUUCUCUGCGAGGGAAUUCUUUGGAAGGCCGCUUUCCUUACAAAGGGCAAUUUCUACAUGCGGAGUACUUGGACUUUUCUUACAACCCUCUUUCGGGGUCAUUACCUUUUGCUUUGACCAAGGUUAAAGCAACUUAA